UAUUUUAUUUUUCGCACAAACAUUGGAGUAUGCAGAGUUGACACAAGACCAGACAACGUCCCGAGCGAACACACUUUACGACGAUGCGGAUGACAUCCAAAGGCAACUGGACAACGAAGCCAGGGAUCGGAUGAAAUACGGCUUUCCGAAAACUGUGUGGGUUUUCCAUCUUCCCACGACGUUUCCAGACAUGAGUUGGUUUCACGAAAUGAAAACUCCACGGAAUUCCUAUUUAUUCGGUAAACGUGCAACCAGCGGUGUAGAGACAGUGACGCCACUUUUAAGUAAUCUAAAGGCGUGGGAUUACAAAGAUCAGAACAAAUGGUCCACAUUAUUUCCGGAAUGUGCCGGCAGAUCUCAGUCGCCUGUGAACCUGCCGGCCAGCGGUCUGGUGAAGGCGAGGGGUGCCAGGCGACUGUUGUUCUGCAACUAUAAUGUGCCAGCCAAGUCCAUGAGGGUGGUGCGGGAUAGCCAGAGCUUAACCCUCUACGGCAAAUGGAACAAAGUAGACCGACCUCUAGUAUGCGGUGGAGCGGCUCAUAGCAGAAGAUAUCUCUUCCACUCACUAACUCUCCACUGGCCUUCGGAGCACGUGAUUGGGGGCCUGCAAUACCCCUUAGAAAGCCAAGCGCUACACAUAUCUGCUGAGUAUAAAACCUUCAAGGAUGCCGUGGCAGCGGCAUCGAGAGACAAACUGGCUUUCCUUGGGAUUGUAAAUAUAUACAAGUUCACAAAUCGCACUCAACAAGGCCUGAAGAGCAUCUUGAAAGCGGCUACGAGCAAAAGGCCUGGAAAUAAUUAUUCCAUACCAGCCCAUUCUAUUGGGUUCUUCACCCCACCAUUCCAAGAGUACGUUACCUACCAGGGGUCAUUGACUUAUCCCCCUUGUACGGAAGCUGUUCUGUGGUUCGUUAGAGCUCGCAGUUUGCCUGUAGAAAGAAAUAUAGUGAAAGCGGCUCAUAAGCUCACGAACCCUUACAAUGAACCCAUGAAGCUACUGAUUAGACGACUCCAACCUAUGAACGACAGAAAAACAUAUUUUUUCGGAUAGACUUCAUACAUAUUUGUAUUCUUAAAAUCAUACAUAGAUGGCUGCAUUUUUUACUACACGAAUGCAACUUAUAGUAAUAACUCUA